AUAACCUCACAACAAGUACGCAAUUUAUUUCAUCCAAUAUAGAUUUAGAACACUUGACUUCAUGCAAUUUCUCCUUAUUUUUCUCUCUUUAGUAUAAUUAUUUUUCUUCUUUUGUUUGUGCAUAUGAUAUGUAUGUCCUUUCAACAACCAACAAGCGAGUAUCUGUUCAACUUUUGGGUAACGAUAAAGUUUAUGACAAGCUAAGUCGAUUCGAUGAGUUAAUAGUGUAUCAUUGUCAUAUAUGGCCAUUAGUUCCCCUGGAAUCCCAUCUCACAUUGAUAAUACAGUGCCAAGGCCUGAGCCUAAAAUUCCAGAGGAUCUAUACCAUUUGAUUAAGAAGGCAGUUUCAAUUAGGAAGCAUCUUGAGAGGAACAAGAAGGACAAGGACUCCAAGUUCAGGUUGAUUCUUGUUGACAGCAGAAUCUAUCGACUUGCUCGCUACUACAACAAGACUAAGAAGCUCCUACUAGUUUGGGUGUAGUAAGUUCCAAGUUCCCACCCAUUACCCUACUAUGACUUUCUUGCUAUUAUUUUUUCAAUGCAUUUUUGGUAAAUCAAAGUGUGCUUAAGGUAAAAGUUCUAGCCCAUGAUUAUGUUAUAUUGCUAUGCUUUAGCUGUGGCCUAUGUGAAAUGUAGUGUAAGCAAAAGGAAGUGGUUUGGUUCA